AUGUCGUCAAGACAAGCUAGCAAAGAAGAGAGAGCAGAGGCUGCUGCUAAGGUGGCCGCUUCGGAGCUCAGCGAUGUCAACCGGAAUAGAGAGUACGAAGAAGGUUCCAAGACUACUGCGGACAAGCGAGAGCAGCAGGGAAUCGGCGUGCUGGGAACCCUUGAGAAAGGCACCGAGUCCGUCUUGAAGGCCGUUCAAGGCACUUUAGAGCAUGCCAAAGAAGCUGUCGUCGGCAAAGCUCACGACACCGUCGAUAGGACCACUGAAGGCGCUUACGUCGCCGGUUACCGAGCCGUUGAUUCUGAUGCUAGUAAGACGAGAGAGGCGACAGAUAAGAUGGGCCAGUACAAAGACUACACGGCCGACAGGGCGAAGCAAACCAAGGACGACACCGCUGAGAAGAUGGGCGAAUACAAGGACUAUGCGGCUGACAAGGCCAACCAAAUCAAGGACUCCUCUGCGGGUAAAAUUGGCGAACACAAAGACUACACGACCGACAAGGCGAAGCAAACCCAGGACUCCACUGCUGAGAAGAUGGGCGAAUACAAAGACCACACGACUGACAAGGCGAAGCAAACCAAGGACUCAACUGCGGAGAAGAUGGGCGAAUACGAGGACUAUGCGGCUGACAGGGCCAACCAAGCCAAGGACUCCUCUGUGGGUAAAAUUGGCGAAUACAAGGACUACACGGCUGAGAAGGCGAAGCAAGCCAAGGACUCCACCAUAGAGAAGGUGGGAGAGUACAAGGACUACAUUGCUGAAAAAGCGAAGCAAACCAAGGACACCACCGCCGAAAAGAUGGGUGAGUACACGGGUUAUGCAGCUGAUAAAGCAAAGCAAGCCAAGGACACGACUGCUGAAAAGUUGAAGCAAACAAAGGACUCAACCGCCGAGAAGACUGUCGAAUACAAGGACUAUGCGGCUGAAAAGGCAAAGCAAGCCAAAGACGUGACUGUGGACAGGGCAAAGCAGGGGAAGGACACCACCAUGGAGAAGAUGGGGGAGUACAAGGAUUACACUGCCGAGAAGGCCAAGGAAGGGAAAGAAUCUACCCUUGAGAAGCUAACUGAACUCAAGGACGCGGCGGUGGAUACUGCUCGACGGGCGGUGGAAAUGUUGGCUGGUAAGAAAGAAGAGACGAAACAGAAGGCAGAAGAGACUGGAGAGGCAGCCAAGGAGAAGAUGGGUGAGAAAGAGGAAGAGGCGAGACCAAAAAUGGAAGAGUUGAAAUUGAAAGGUGACGAGUACAAGGACGAAGACGGAAACAGGGCCGGAGAGGCGAAGAAUACGGCGGAGAGUGAGAGGGGGAACGCUGGGAGGGGAAGUAUAUUUAGUUCCAUUGGGGGCGUUGCGGAGACCAUCAAGGAGAAGCUAACCAGUACUAAAGAUGUGGCAGAGCAGAAACGAGAUGAGCAAGCUCAACGGCACAGUGGAGGUGGUGAUGACAGAACCACAGGUGCAGACACCGUUGUGGUGGAGACCAUGGAGUCUCCGGCCGUGGUGGAGACGGUUACUGUCAGGACAUCCGAUCAUGGGGAUCGUGAUCGUCACGGCAAAAUGUGA